AUGCAGUGGUGCCAGGGAAACGUCGUGUGCGUGGGUAACUGCCAACGCUGAGCGGUCAGGUGGUCUCAUCCCACACAGCGCUGAGCUCUUCGGAAACCAUCUCAAUCUGUAAAUGGGGUCAGUUUAUCUGUUCAAGUGGCACAACAGAUACUGGCGUAACACUGCACUUUGGUCAAAUGCCAUCGUAAGCGCAGAUGGAAAGCUGGCCAAGGACCUGGUGCAUCCCUCCUUAGAGGACGAGAAGAGGAAGCACAAGAAGAAGCGGCUGGUGCAGAGCCCCAACUCCUACUUCAUGGACGUCAAGUGCCCAGGGUGCUACAAGAUCACCACUGUAUUCAGCCAUGCUCAGACAGUAGUUCUGUGUGUAGGCUGCUCAACUGUCCUGUGUCAGCCUACUGGGGGAAAGGCUAGGCUCACAGAAGGCUGCUCCUUUAGAAGAAAGCAACACUAAGUAUUCUUUUCGGCAUAGGGCUUUGGAUACAUGUUCCUGAAAGCCUUAGCUGUUUAAGAAAAUGUCUGUUAAUAUAACAGUGUAAUUAUGAUUGAUUUUGUAAAAAUGACAUGGUACUGGUGACUGAUGAGCUGGAAUCUUUUUCAAUAAACAGACUGAAGUGCAA